ACCAAAUCAAAAAGAAAAUGAUUGCUAUUUUUGGGUAAGUUUACAAUCAAUUCAUAAGAAUUGCCAUCAUAUUAGUCAUUUAGGUUUUGACCAUAGGACACUCCAGAAAUGCCAUUCCUUUGUUGUUCCAUCUAAAUAUAGAAUCGUAUACCGUCAAAGAAGUCCGAUCCUUAGCUAUAACAUGUUCGCAUCACUUCAAGUACUUGACCUACUUCAACUUUAUUUGCCCUUUUUCCCUUCAUCUCAUUGGAUAAAUAACUUAAGUCAGUUGAGGUAUCUAGCUUUGUACAUUGGUGCAAUACCUGGUUCCUUCCCGAUUUUAAGCAGCUUGAAAAAUCUACAAACGUUGAUUCUACGUAGUUAUUACACUGUUGAAGUAUACUUAACCCUUCCAAAGACACCACAAUUAACGCAGCUUCGCAUUUUGGAUUGCUCUUCAUUUCAUUUUAAAGAUGAUGAAGAGAAUUUGAUAUUGGAGAAUCUGACAACGCUUUUGUGGUUAAGUGAGUUUUGUUGCAAAAAUGAAGCGUUGAUGGUGAAGAUUCCGAAUGUAAAGAAAUUGGGGGUAAGAUAUGAUGAGCACAACUACAAUGACAGUAGGCAUCCUAUUGACUUGCUCCAUACUUUAAGCCAUUUGGAAGAACUCGAAAGCAUCAAGUUUUAUGGAUAUCUGUCGUUAAAGAAAGUUGGGCUAGUACAUAUUCCAAAACCAUAUGAUUUUCCACCGAAGCUCAAGAAGUUGAACUUUUCUAAGACUUGGAUGAAAUUGGAGAUGAUGACCAUCCUUGGAAGGCUACCUAACCUCCAAGUUCUCCAACUAGAAAGGGAUGCCUUUGAUGAUUCAGAGACCGAGUGGGAACAAGUUGAAGAUGGAUUUCCAAAAUUGAAAGUGUUAGUCUUCAAAUCUCAAACUCUUUGUAGAUGGAUAGACUGCUAUUUCUCUUUCCCAAGCCUUGAGUGUCUGGUGAUGAAGAGUUGGAAAAGCUUGGAAUCGCUCCCGUAUGAGUGCCUUUCUGGAUGUACAUGCCUUGAGCUAAUUGAUUUGGAAGGGUGUAGUGAUGAAGUUUUAGAGUCUGCAAAGAAAAUUCAAAAUGAUGGAGAUGGCAAGCUCGAGGUCCGCUAUUAAGAUUCUAGAGCAUCAUAUCAACUGAAGCAAUCAUCUAUACAUACCGCCUCUUAGCUCCCCCCUGCCACCUACUCUGAUCUCCCAAAAUGAAUCCUAUGAUUUCUCAAUUAUAUUGUGAUUUAAGAUUAGAAAAUUCACAUCUUUGUUUUGGGUUUUGCAAUGCAUGUAAUUCUUCCUUUUCCUUACCAAUUUGUGGUUUCAUUUUGAGCUGAAAAAUUGUUCCCUUCAAACCUGGGAGUGCUUCCCAAUAAGGAAAGGGACAGUGUUGGUUU